AUGCUGCAAUCGUCAGCCGUAAACGAGUUGGCAAAACAGGUUAGAUUGGUAGGAAAAUCGUUUGAGGCUAGCCAAAAAUUUUUGUUUUGCAGACGAAUUCUCGCAAUCGCUAAAUCUCUUUGUUAUUUCCAUAGGCUACUUCUUUUCUUUACUAUCAAACUAGACAGUUACUGUUGUCAAUGGUGGGUUAAAGUUGCUAGCGAAUUACAGACAAGUUGGAGGCUUGUCAAGAUACCAAUUUAAGCGUGCGCUCCGGAGAAAAAAUCGCUGUUUUUGGGUCGAAAAUUUAACAUGUAUUUGAUACGUAGCGCAUAUCGGUCUGUCGGGAAAAAACGGCGGAUCGUCGCGCCUCGGAAUCGCCCAUCAUCGCUUUGCGACUGCAAGCCGCGGCUUGGGAUUUGGUGCGCGAUAGCGGCGAGGCGAGGCAUUUUGAUGCGACGAUCCGCCGUUAUUUUUCCGACAGACUGAUACAAUGACGGAUCAGAUCCAGCGGCAAAAAGCGUACCAUUUUGCAUCCGGGGAGUAUCAAAAAAUGUAGCAAAAUGCCUCCCUCUCAAACUAAAAAAAACUGCUUUUUGAAGCGCGCACCCUUUCUCUCGCAAAAAGAGUUUUUGAAAUCGGUGUUUUUUCACUUGGAGAGGGAAGCAUUUUGCCACAUUUUUGAUACUUCCCGGAUGCAAAAUGCUACGUUUUUUGCCACUGGAUCAGGUUACCCACUGUAGCCUUUACCUGUAAAAAGCGAUGUAAUAUUUUUGUUAACUGCUUGUACCUCCAAAACUUUCCUUACCAAAAGAAUUGUGUUAAAAAAAGAUUUUUUUCUUAUUCUACAUAUUUACUUUAAAUCUUCAGUAAAAAUUUUUGUUUAGAAUUUUUUCAACCUCCUCCUUCUCUCUUUUCCCUCCAAGAUUCUCUUCUACAUCCUCCAGGACUACCGCACCCAGCUCUAUUACAUCUUCGGCGUGACAUGUCUCCUCUCCUGGCUGGCAUUUAAUCUGUACAUUCUGCGCGACUACUUCUUCCCAUGCUGGUUCGACACCGUCUACACGGAAGACGGCCUGAAUAAGGAGGAGCUGGAGCAGGCCAAAAUGAACUACAUGGUGCGACAAAAGGUCUCGUCUGCAAUGGCAAUUCCCACUUCGGUUUGCGCUCCGGUGGACUUGAAGAAAAACAUGUUCAACAAGGGCCAUCAACGCUCGCAUUCGGUUAUCAAUAUUCAUGACAUUGUUGUUAAGAAAUAA